AAUCAACUCUAUUUUGUCCAUAUUCAGCCAAGGCUGUUAAGCCAAAGAAGGCUUAGCGGGCUUUAAUUCUGGAAGAAAUAAGCAGUCUUAAAUGUUUGUAUUAUAUAAUAACAAGUAAUAGUAAAAAUGGAGUAUUUUAAUAUUAAGGAUGUGAAUUAAAUUGAAAACUUCAUUUACCAUUCUUUAAAAAUUUAUUAACAAAUAUGGCUUCAAAUAAAUUUCCAAGUGAAGCUGACUCAUCGGAAAAAGAUAGACUAGAAUGGCUUCAAACUGUGGAAGACCUCAACGAGAUUCGAAGAAGUCAAGGUGGUGGGAUGAGAGAAAGAAUGCUAUCUAAAAUAAAAGAAAAUCCUCUUGUCCCAAUUGGUCUUGUUGCCACUACUGUAGCGCUUUCUUGUGGACUUUAUGCCAUGAAAUCUGGAAAUAAAAGGAGGUCACAACUUAUGAUGAGGGCUCGAAUAGGCGCUCAAGGUUUCACUGUUGCUGCUUUGAUUAUGGGUAUCUUAGUAGCGUCAGGAACUAAGAAAACAUAAUUUUAAAUUGUGUAGAAUAUAUGUAUAUGUAUAAUAUUUUAGUUGUUUAUUAAAAAGUUUCGUGUCUUUCAGCUGAUA